AGCUUAGAGCAGAGCAGCAUGAUGGGAUAUGAGAGUCCUCCGGCGGCGCGCUGCCGCCAUGUCACCUAGAGAGAAACACUUAGCUCUCCUCUCUGCUCUGGGCUUAGUUAGUUUCGCUCUCUAUUACAGUCCUGCUUUCUUUUACCUGACUUUAAUUCUCGCAGUUUGUUGUAUUGUGUGUUACUAUCACAGCGGAGAGCCGCUUCCCGCCAGGUUAGGCCUGAAUCCGGGCGCUGGGCUGACGGUCCCUGCCGUGCUCCGGCGCUGGUUCUGGGGCUGGGGGCUGACCGGCGUGUCGGUGGCCGCGCGGGGGAAAACCAAGACCAGCAGAAACAAAGCCGAGCUCCGGCACUCAGAGGGGCACUUCAGAGACAGGUUUUCUGAAACAGGGAUUUAUCGGAGGGAGAAUUUAAACAGUGACUCGUUUCUGUUUAGCCCUCGGGAUUUCCUCAUGGGGAGCUACAUCGUGAAACCCGAGAGUCCAACCAUCGAGUCUGGGAGGCCGAGAGUGGCCAGAAACCCCCGAGAACAGCUGAGGGAGAAGCUGUCCAGACCUAACCAUGCGGUCCACACUCCCAACAGGAGGCUGUCCUUUGCCGGGGAGCCGCUGGGCACAGUGAGCAGAUUCACAAUCACCCCACAGCGUCACUACCCCCUGCAGCAGCCGGGGGUCUCAUCAGUGGGAGUCUUGCCUCCUGUCAGGUGGGACGGCUUCAGAAAGAAGAACAUCCUCAGCCCACGAAACUCUCCGGCGGCCCUCAGCCCUGUCACUGUGAAGAUCGCCAGGCCAGACCAUCACAGUACACCAAGUUUGGACCAUCUGAGUUGUACGGGACUCUCCAGGGCCCCGGCUGACCCCUGCUCCAGAGAAAGUGUCCUCAAGGUGUUGAAGGAAAGCCGCAAGAGAGAAGUGGAAGAUGAGGACCGGAGCUUUACGAUUGAGCAGAGAAGCAAAAGAAGGCGUAACGACAGCGGUGGAAGUUCACACUCUGCUUUUGGGCCUCUUCUGCCCAAUGGAGCUCCAUCACAGCUGGUCCCUAAGCCAGGAAACCUGAAGAGAGGGAUGAGCUCGCUGGCAGAGGAGUCCAUCAUGAAGAGGUCUCGCACCUCCUCCAUCAGCUCUAUAAGUGGGGUCCAUUCCCCAAGGGGAACCCCAGGAACCAGGAGAAACCCGAUCCACAGCUCCUACAGUUCUUCCAUAGGCCUCAGCCAGUGGAAGAAACGCUCUGCCCCGAGCUCUCCUCUGUCCAGCCCUGGAUCAUCACGCUGUCAGACUCCAGAGGGUGUCUCUAAAAGACCCAGGGAGGACGAGGGACAGUCUCCCAGCUCAGCAUCCUCUGUGAGGUCCGACCACACGGCCUCAGACAAGGCUCCUGUUACCUCCAAACUGACUCCAGCUCCGAAGGUCCCAGUCACACCUUCAGCAGGAUCUACUGGAAGUGGUGGGAAGAGAAAACGAAAGAUCCAGCUCGUGUCCAGCAACCGGGACGAUCAGAUCUCUCUGCCCCCGCCUCCAGAGCUGGGCUACACUAUCACUGUGAAAGACCUGGAUGAGGAGAAGAAGGCUGCCAUCAGCAAGAUCCAGAAGGUCCUGGAGACGCCUGCACCAGAGCCAGAGAAGUCCGUCUCACCCCCAGCCACCACUUCAGCCCAGCCAGCCUCCACCACCAGCUCCACCAACACCACCACCCUGAGCAGCCUCCUGGCUGCCCCUCUGUCCAUCCCCACCAGCUCUUCCAUCCCAGUCAUUAACCUGGACCCCAGUCCCAGCAGCAGUGUCACCUCAGCACCUGCAAUCCCCAACCCACUGCUGGAGGCUCUGAAGAAGAGCAGCAGUCCUGCUCCUGUUAUCUCCACACCUGCUGCCAUUUCAACUCCAGUGUCUGCAUCAACCACACCGGCACAACCAAGUGGCUUAACCCUGAAGGUUUCAACAGCAGUGGAUUCCCCUCUGCCCCCUCCUCCCUACCAGCCUCAGUCCUCCUCUGCUGGUGGGGAACAGCCCUCAGCCUUCACACAGGUGCUGAGUCAGAUCUCUAAAGCCCCCAGCAGCACUCCACCGUUAACGGGAGCAAGUCUGAUUGGACUGACGAGCCAAAACAGCACGUCUACUUCCUCCUCCGCCUCGAUCCCGAGUACCGCUCCUGCUGUUACCCAAGCCAGCAGCUUGGGGUCGUUCAGUAAUACCAACCCUCUGCUGGCUUCAGGCUUCAAGCCCAUCUUUGCUGUCACCCCCACUUCCUCUGGGACGCCAACCCCAGAGACCAAACCUGCUGUCCACAACUUUAAACCCAUCUUUGGAGUGGUCCCAGAAGGUUCUGGUUUUGGACAGCCCACAUCCAUCACAACCACCAACCAAGCCUCUACAGCUUCUAUAACUAGCACCCCUUCAAUGUUUGGUGGAUCAAUGGGCACCACCACAGUCACCCCGUCUGUUUUUCCUGGCAUGACAAACACCCUCACUGGCCCAGCCUCCACUGGCUCCAUCACCACCACGCAGCCGGCAGCCCAGCCAGCUGUGAAGUCCCUGUUUGGAAGCUGGUCAGCACCAUCCACCACAAGUACAAGCUCUGCUCCAACACAGGCCCCCAACACAGGGAGCACGUUUUCGUUUGGAAGCGCCCCCACCACAACAACUGCAGCUGCACCUGCACCAGCACCCACUCCCGCUCCCACUGCUGCUACCACGGCCCCCACUAACAGCACCUUCGGAUUUGGUGCCACACAGCCAGACCCCCAAGCUGCCAGUCAGAAGGUAUUUGCUUUUGGCCAAGCAGUCCCCAUGCAGAACACAACCACUGCGUCAUUCGGAGGCUUUGGUAUGGCCAACACAGCCUCCACCACCACUGCUGCUCCUACCACCCAGUCCACCUUUGCCUUUGGAAAGUCCUCAUUCCCAGCACCGGCUGCACCAACAGCGCAGUCAGCUUUCGGCUCCUCUGCAGCGACUCCAAAACCGUUUACCUUUGGAAACAGCCCUGCACCAUCUGCUCCUGCUGCUAACACCGCCCCGCCCCCUUUCCCCUUUGGCUCAACCGCCGUCACCACAGCACCCAGCUUCGGGACCCCUGCUCCACCAGCAUUCGGAGGCAGCGCCACUGGUUUUGCUUUUGGCAACACCACUGCUCCUUCAGCUGCUCCGACAGCUGCACCAAGUUUCGGUGCAGCAGCUCAGACUCAGAGCGCCUCCACGGCCUCAUUCGCAUUUGGCAAUGCUGCUCCUCAGCCGGCCCCCCCUGGCCCUGCGCAGCCAGCUCCCAGUGGGUUCAACUUUGGUGCUGGUAUGCAGGUCCCCCAGUUUGGAACACCUGUUUCCAAUAAUCCAGCCCCACAGAUGGGAAGCUUCAACUUUGGGGCUGCUGCUACUGACAAACCAGCUUUUGGAAAAUCCACCCCAUCCUUUGGCCAGGGCGCUGCUGCAGCUCCCAGUCCCUUUGGAAGUCCUGGAACUCCAGUGCAAGGUUUCAACGCUGUACCAUUCGGGUCUCCAGCUGCUCCCUCCUUCUCUAUCGGAGCGGGAUCCAAACCAUCCGGAGCACGCCAGAGGCUGCAGGCACGGAGGCAACACAACAGGAAGAAAUAACCUGUUCCACGUGUCCUGCUCCGCUUUCAGAGGACUCCAGCUGUUGCUGCUACGGUUCAUCCAGCUAACAUUACUCUGUUCUAAGCCCAUCAUUCCCCAACCAGGCCGCCACCAUGCCCUCUGCUUUCUUCCCCUGCUCCAGCGGGCUGUGCUGGCCCGAAACAUUGUGUCCGCAGAGGAGUCAGAAAGAGCACAGCGGCUCUCGCUGAGUUGAUGCCGCUUGGGCGUCUACAUGAUCCAGAGAGGGGAUGUAGCUGCAAGGAGACAGAGUCCAUAACCAUGUACUAUACUUGAAGAGGGAGGAACGACAGAUGAAAAGCUAAAUUCUGAACAAAAGCAUAUCCAAAGUUCAUUUUCCUUUACAAUAUGUGGACACUCCCAUUGGUUCGUCUUAAAGAGAGAGUGAGUCAGGCAGAGACUGGGAGCCUGGGCUCAGACCUUUAUUUUUUUACGUGAAGCGCUCACUGGUGUGUAUGUUAACGAGUAUUUGAGAACAUUAUCUGAAUGAGUCUGAGUAGAGCAGAAUGCACAGUUGCAGUGUACGUGUAAAGUUAUGAGAUGUUUGCGUUUUAAAUUAUUUUUUUAAUUGGCUCUCUGACCCUGUCAAUGAAUGAUGUGUUUCUGCACUAAGAAGGCGACAUGUCUUCAUGUAGAUGGUGCAGAUCCUUGUGUUCUUGUGUCAUACUCUUUGUCAUUACAAGCAUUCCCAGAAGUCCUCCUGUGGAUGGCCUUUUUUUCAUUGUGAUAACCAACACUGAUCCAGAUAACAUGUCGGUAAACCAGUAAGGAUGACUACUCUUGACUUGUGCUGACAAACCAAAGCUCAGUCUUCAUCUUCAUGCCUGUGAACACAAUCUGUGAUCUUUAUCUAACCUUUAAACCCGAGACGUUUGUUUGUACCAGACUACCUCUCUGUACUCCAGGCACUGAAUCCAUGUGAUUGAUUAGGUUAAACUCUCAGCUGCUGUUUCUGCAGAUCAUAGUUUGAAUAUCUGCACAGCAACACAUCACCCCAGGUUUUGAAAAAUCAAUGUUACAACAGACAACAACAUGAAAGCAUAACGUUAGAGUUACUUAAAUACAUUCUGACAAAUGGAAACCCUUCUCAACAUAUUCCCAGUUUGAUGCAGGGAUUUUUAUUUCCUCUGAUGUCUGUUACUUACAUAUUUGUGUAAUUUUGUCAAACAAACAUCCAAGUAAAUCCUCUGAUGUCAGCGUUAAUGUUUUAUUUUUGUUCACAGUGAUGAUCACUUCUUGUGAAAAGUGAGCAGUAUGAUGCAGUUUUUGAUUGUUAACUUUGAAUAAAUAAAAAUAAAAUUUUGGACAAGGACUUCCCAACAAGAACACGA